CCUACGUAGAUAUAUUUUUCCCUAAAAUCCGCUGUCCCAAGCCCUAAUUCAUCGGUAGAUAGAGUUAUUUCUUCCAUCAAUUAUGAAAGGUCUUGUCCCUGAAAACUUGGAAUGGAAGGGAAAGUUACCCAUCGGAUAUAGGCCAGGUUUCGUCCUGAACACUUCUCAAGAAUUACCUUUUUCCUAAGGUUAACGGUCUCGGUUUCUGGCAAGGCAUCAUCCAAGAGGCUGACGUUUACCGGCAGCAGCCGUCCGAUCUUCUUCUUCAAUACCCGCCAGAGCCCGAAGAGACGUACGCCUACUUCUUCACAGAGAGAGCAAAAAGGUACAAGAACGGUUCAAGACCUAACCGUUGGACUCAGGAUGGGAAGGGUGUGUGGAAGAUCACAAAUAAAAUAGCGAUGGUCAAAGAUGGGUCAACGGUGAUCGGGCAAAUGAACGUUCUUGUUUUCAAUCUUCAUGAGAAUGAGGCGAAGACGAACUGGAUCAUGCAUGAGUAUAUUUUAGACGAGAAGUUCGUGAAUAAUCUAGUCAACGAUGUAGUGUUGUGUAGGAUUCACGAAAGAAAGUCAAAGAAACAAGGUCUUGAAACUGGUGGAUCUGGGGAUAUGCCGCCGUUUCCGCCGUUUCUUGACUUGCAGCCGCCGCCGUUACAAAAUAUGCCCGCCGCCGCCUCCUUUUGUCAGUUUCGAGAUGAAUUCCAGGGUUCGGUUACUAAUCCUAAUAUGGAGGCGGUUGGGUUAGAGAACGUGAAGACUAGCGUUGACUGGUCAAACCCUAAUAGGGACUGUAUUAUGGAGCUGAUGAGUUCUAAUACCGCCCCACCAGGCAGUGCUUAUACUUUGGAGGUUAAUAAUGAUGUUGGUGUCAUGGAUGGGGUGCAAUUAUAUCUUCCGCCGCCGCAGGAACCGCCAGCGAUUGAUGUGCGACCGGCUGCUACGGUAACCGGAGUAGAUGGAGAGACGGCAGUGGAUCAUAUGGAGUCAUUCGGUCAGCAUGAUGAUGAUUUCGAGUUGUGGGAUAUUAAUCUAGAGGGGUUAGAUAGUUUCUCCGAUUUUUGGGAUGAUAACUUCAUUAUCAAUUCCUCCUUCCAAUCUUCUCCACCUCCCAAGAGUAACUCCUAGAUAGCAG